AUGGAGCUAGGUCCGUCCUUGAGCAAUCCGGUAGUUACCCCGAAAAAUACAGAUAAACCUGAUCGCUUUGGCAGCAUUAAAAUGUUUUUAGCAAGUAUUGAAUUAAGACCACAGAAACAACUGGAAGAUUGGGGUAUGAGUUUACUUGAAAAGCUACGAAUUAAAAUGGAGGAGUUCCAUCAGAAGAACAGUGUGAAGAAGAUGAAUACUGAUAUUUUAAAACAGGAGCUGGUUGUGUUACUGCAGAAACAUGAUGUUGAUUUCACAGAAGACUUAAAUUCUGUUAUAGAAGAAAAGUCUCCACUGAAUGGCCAACUGGUCAACAGUGAUUCAAACAAGAAAAGCGCAUCCAAGAGGAAAGCAAUUGAUGUUAUUGUCAUUGAGGAGGAUGAUGAUACUACUAUGAAUGCUGAUACUUCUACCUGGGUUGUAGAAGACGGAGUACUGGUACAGAAAGUAGUUCCACCUCCACCAGUAGACAUAGAUCUGUUACAGAACCAUUCAUUUAAUACUACGAAAACGGCCAGUACAUCUUUAACAGCGUAUAGUGGGGCAGAAACUACUGACGCAAAUUUGAUCAGCGACCAAUCAUGGAAUGGUAUAAAUACAGAGAGUACAAUUAUACCGACAUUGCACAGUGAAGUUGAACAUUCUCCUUUCACAGAAACUACUGAUGGAAAUCUGUUCAUCAACGAACCGUGUAAUGGUAUAAAUACAGCAAGUACUAGUAUACCUUCAACAUCACAUAGUGAUGAACAUUCACCUUUCACAGAAAUAUCUGGCCAGUAUGGUCUGUUAGGAAAUCAAUCAGCAAGUUUAGCAAAUACACUAAGUACAGUGCCCACUAGAGUCGAGCAUCUAUCGGGUACACAAACUGGACAUGAACCAUCCCAUGCAAAUCCAGAAUCUACAGCAGAAUCGUCAUCAUUGCGAUUCCAAUACAUCAUUAUACAUUCAGAAACCCCUGAGAUGCUGAAAAACCAAAUUAAUAUCAACGUACCAAAGAAAAAUGACAAUAUUAUGUCAACAGGUGAUGAAGAAAAUGAUUUGUCUUCAAUGAGCAUAAUGUCAUCCUCUGAAGAUGAGGAAGAUGACAGUGACACGGAAAUGGAUGUAGACUACGAUGUUCUGUGUAAAGAACCCCAAAACUCAUCACCAAUGAAGAGAAAGAGCUAUUCAUAUAUUUGUAGUAUUUGUCAAGUAGUCUUAGAAACUGUGUCUAAUUUGAGAGAACAUCUUAAGAGUAAACAUUCUUAUAGUAAACUGUAUCCAUGUCGACAUUCCCUCUAUUGUACAAAGUCUAAAGUGGCUUUUGCACUACAAAGUGAUCUAAUUAACCAUAAGAAAAUGGACCAUGCUAAACGGCCUUUGCGAAAAAGCCCUGAAAGUCAAGAAAGUACAGAAAUAGAGUGUAUUUCCUCAAAGGAUUCUCAACAACUAACUCAGCAAAUGGAUUAUUCUGCACUACAUGUGAUCAGAAACAAGGAACUAGAUAGUACUUCCAGUAAGCCACCUGCUCUUGGAAAUGAGAAAACUGAUGUAGACAAAAUAACGUCUGUUAAACCUCUUGUACAACAAUGUCAGGAAAGGUACUGUAAAAACAAAAAGUGUGUUAAACAGCCCAUGUUAGUUACAAAGAAAAUUGAUCAUAAAAACAAACUCAGCAAUCCUGGAGUGAUGUCCUCUCAUAGUGGCAAAAUAAAACUACCACCAGGUUAUGAUAGCCUCAAUGUACAACCUGUGGUUAUGUUGGAAAAAAUUGAUUUGACAUUGUACAAGACGCCUGUUAUGGCAGGUUCAAAGGACAGUACACCAUCUGACAAAUCAUAUGAGACAGAAGAAGACAAUGGUAUCAUGAGUGGUUUCAUUAAGAUUCCCUCACAGCAAAGUGGAAAGUCAAUCCAGAGAAACAAAACUCAAUCAAAACAACGGAGUGGUAAGCCAAAUCAAACUCUAUCACAACAAAGCAGUAAGAUAAAAAGCACAAUUAAAACUUCAUCACAAAAGUGUGGUUUGUACAAAGUACAGACCUUUGUAAACAGAUGCCUGUGGACAAUCCUAAAAAUUCAUUGGCCAGAUAAGAUCAGCAACCUUGAGCUCCUGAAGCAAACCAGGCAGCUUUCCAUGGAGGAAGAAAUUCUGCGGACGAGAUGGGGUUGGAUUGGUCACACUUUGCGUAAGCAACCAUCCAACAUCCCCAGACAAGCCUUGACAUGGAAUCCAUAG